UUCAGUGCCACCAUUACGUAUCAGAUCCUCUUACGUGCACAAUGAGCAGGUAUGGGGCUCUGAUUAAAGGUAUUACUGUAUCGCUAAGCUGUCUGUUUUCUGCUUGACUGUCCACCGUGUAAUCUGACGUCGAAGUGGUCCUGGAGCCAUUUGUUGUGAGUCAUCCUUCACUUGACAGGCAAGGUAUCAAUCCGUAGUGGACGGGUCAGAAUUGUCUAUAUUGCUCGGUGUCAGUGUACAGUCAAUAUGGUUCCAGCUGUUGUCCUAUCUGCAUUGUAGUGUACGGAUAAAGAUUACCCUCUAUUCUUCUUCGGACUGUCGGGAGCAUACACCAGUUAGUUGUCAAUGCUUGUCUGUUGUGAACGGCUCCAAAACAAAGGUCUGUAAUUCAUCUUCGAAUAUCUUCCAAACGGAUACAAAUGGUUACUGAUAUUAACGAUCAGUGUUUGGAUUGUAACGGAGACAGGCUGUACGGAAAUAUUGCUAAUUCGGCGUAUAAUAUACAGACUCUUCAAUGAACUACUGGGCUUGUAGUUAUAACUGACACAAGAAGAGGUACUGUCACAUGUUUUCGUGGUAUUGUACAAGUGUUCAUAAUUUUGUCCUUAUCACGUAUUGGCGUAAUACUGAACAUUGAUUUUUAACGAUCUGAACCUUGGUGCUCGUUGGCGUCUGUUUGAAGACCUAGACAUUCCACAAAGCCCUGAUAUCACUAUAACAAUACCUGUUUACAGUGAAUCUGUCUUAAUUAACCAGGUCCGAUAAAACCUUGAUUUGGUCCACAUACCCGUCAAACAAGACCAGGGUCAACGGUAUCAAGAGCUCUCCCCGGGGACUGCGAUGUAAUCAAAGCGACUGAAGUAUUUUCUCGCUUCGUCGACUUUCCUGAUAUGAUAGAUAUGUAUAUUUGACACGGAUGUCAGUUUCUUUGACUUCACUAUAGGAGAACGUAUCCCAGUUGCUAAGUGUGCUGCGCCCACGACGUGAAUCGCCUGCUGAUACACGCCCAUGUUAUGACAAUCUUAUCUUUCUGUGUAUAAACCCAUAGCAGUCGAUAUUGGAGAUAUAUUAAUGUACUGAGCGACUGGUAAAUUUGACCUCGUGCUUGGAUUACAUACAUAACAUCAGUUGUUGUUGUGGAGUCAAAACGGGUUUCUCCGAUAUCUUGUUUUGUGCUGAACGCUUACCCUACGUAUUGAAGACAGGCAGUGUGGGUAUCAGCUCACAGCAGAACAAUCGGAGAUUGAUGACUAUGUUGUCUUCUUAAGGCUGUGACUUUGAGUUACUGAAAAUACACCCAGACUAGUACUGACGUUCAUUUUACGUGUUAUCCCUGAUUUGUGCACGAUGGAGGUAGAGGGGCUGAGGACGCUACCGAAUGAAAGAUCUAAAUCAGAUGAUGCUCGGCCGAUUCCAACAGAGGCAGAGCUGUCUGGUCAGAAGACGAAGAAUAUCAAGAUGAAGCAGUACCUGUGUGUGAAGCACGCGUUACCUAAAACGAGGCUGACGCACACCAUCCUUCACGAGAAUGUGAGUCAGGACCGCCAUCUUGAGAUGACGCUGUCUAAUAUCCGGCACACCAGAAACAAGUCGUCAAACAUUCAUGAUCUGACCAGACGAGCAUUUGAAGCUCAGCAGUCAAGAAAGAUGAAGAAGUGGAAGAAGGAGGAUGAGAACCGAAUCGCGGGGAUGAACCUUCCUCAGAUCAAUCACCUCGAGAUGGAAUCAGCACCCGUCACGGUCGUCAUCUACCGUAUGCCUGAGCACGCUGAGCGCACGUGGAGCGGUGGAAAACGACAGCAACAGCUUCCGAUGAUGAAGGUGAGGCGGGAAAGGACGGAGAUUGUGACUUACCAGGAUAAAGCCUUUCUAACAAAGCUACCACCCGUAGUCGAGAUUGAUCAGAGAAAACUGGAGAAACACAAUACUUAUUGUGGAAAGGUUCUCAUGGCUAAAGGGAUGCCUGGUCAGGAUCAGCGCUUCAAAGAACUCGCAUCCACACUUAGCCCGGCCAUGUUGAACGACAGAGACAAGUACCCAGUCCAGAAUAUGGUGAUGAAGAGCAGAAGAGCGAAGUAUGCUAAUAUAUUCCCGUUGAACUCUGACCCUGGGUUUCGUAGGUCCCCGGAUGUGAAAGUCAUCGUAGCUUCAAGACCAAGGUCUGUGGUUAGUAGCAAGCUGUCGGACAAAUCUUUCGGAAAAGGACCAAGGAUGUUCUCAUGCACCACAAAGAAAAGAAAGAAGAAAAGCGGAAAGGCUGCGAAAAGCGUCAGGAUAGAGGAAACUCAAACCUUCCCAGAUUCGAGUGGUCAGUCAGUGUUUUCAGGGGAGACAACUCUCGGAGACUAUCAUGAAGAAGGUAACUCCGGAGAAAGUAUCUCGUCAUAGAAAUGGGAGACAACUCUCUGUGACCAUGGUGAAGAGGAUAACUCUGGUGGACAUGCCUCGUCAAAGAAAUGACAAUAUGUUUUGCAGUUGUUUCGUUUUUGACUCUCCUCGUGUCACACUUUAACCAGGUAAAUAUUUCAACAUACGAAAACACUGUGAGAUUGGUUUGAAGAGACUGUUUCCAAAAGAGGAAGUUGUUAAAUGACAGGGAAUAAUGAACUAAGUGAUUUUUCAUCAGAUCUCAUCUAUACAUGUAUAUAUAAUUCUUUGAUAUUGCGAUAAACCGUAGAAAGGAUACGUUCGGUUUUAUUUGUGUUUUGAAACUGGUUGUAUUAUUUAAAUUUAUGAAAGAACGGUUGAUGGUAAAAACACUCACUGUUACUAAGGUAUCAACGAUUGCAUUUUAACCUAUUGCGCACCAUUAUAAUAACAGUCAAUGUUAUUUCUCUAGUCACUUUUACCUGAUGUAACCACAAAGCAAAGAUUGUACAUGAAUUGUUUUGAUUAUAUCCUAUGUUUUGAAUGGA